AUGGACAAGGAAAAUCCCAAACUGGUAGACCAGCACCUGCUGGAAAAAAUGAAGGAGACCAUCGAAAUGUUCGCCCAAGAGUCCACAUGCACAAGUAAGGAAGCAUUUGAAGAUGAUAAAUAUGCGUAUAGCUUAAUUGAUAACUACAAAAGCAGGAAGACGAAAAAUGUCGUUAUACACAUGCUAAAAAAGGAUAUAAAUAUUUUGUACUACAAUGAAGAAUAUAAAAAUAUAAUUUUUAUUAACUUUUUAAGAUUGUGCCAAUUGAAUAAUUUAAACGUAAAAAAAUAUCAUGAUAUGUUUUUAAAAUGUGAUAUUUUUUCGUAUAUUUUGAAUUCGGAAAAAUACGUACAUGUUUUUUUAAAGUCAAUUAUAAAUAAUGAUAAAUUGUUGUGGGAUGUUAAUACAGACCAUUUUGAAUUCGUUUCCUUUCGCAUGGGUAGCAGUACACAGAAUGAAAAUGGCGAAACGGGAAACGUCGCUGGUUAUUACGAAGACAGCUGCUACAUAUUAGAAGAAGGGCAAAAAUUAAAACUGGAUGAUCUUGUAGAAAAUUCUUCAGAUGAUUGUGAAUCUUCCCAAUUUAGCGAAGACGAAAUGUCAGUAUCGUCUGCCUUUUCGGAAAAGUCCCCACACGUGAUAAGCCGUUGCCCAAUGAUGAAUGGCUACUUGCCCCACCCCUGCACGGGCACCAAAUUGAAGGAGUGCUUUAAGGAAGGAAAUGCCUGUGUUGCGAAAAAGGAACACAUCUUUCAGAAGCAACUAAUAGGGCAGGACGAAGCCGCAGUGGAGGGCACAAAUGGCAGUAUCAGCGCCUUGCAGGAGGAAAAGGCAAAAAAGAGCGAUGACACUACGUGGAAGGAAAUAUGCAGAAAUAGCCACGCAGCGAACUGCACGUCCACCCUGAACAAUAUCAAUUUGAACCACUUGGUAGACACAAUUGUGGACGGGGGUGAAUGGGGUGAUGAGGACACCUCCAAGGGGGGGAGGAGUAACAGGAAUACCAACGGUAUGCAACAAAAAAGUAGCUUGCACGAAUCAAUCAUAGAAAAAUAUGUGACAAAGUCGGAAAAUGAGCAUGACGAGGUGCUCAAUUUGUAUAAAAAGAUUAACAGCAUGGAGAAAAUUAUUAAACAUUUAAUUGGAGAAAUAAUGAGGAGAGAUAUGGUAAGAAAGGCGCAUCUUGGAGGAGUUUGCCCAAGAAGAGUUCCCGUAGGAGUAAUACCCAUCGAAGAAACGCAAGAGGCGAAGCAAAAUGACACCCAGAAUAACCACCAAGGGGAAAUUCCCCCAAAGGAUAUGACGAGUAGCACGAGCAAGGACUGUGGCGAAUACGCAGAAGACACGGACAGUAAAUAUUUCGAAAGUUACAACAACACAGGUAUACACAGAACUAUGAUACUAGAUAAGAGCAGAACAAAUUGUUACUACGAAUUUGUAAAAAAAAAUAAAGAAAUAUUUCAAAAUAAAGUGGUUCUGGACAUAGGGUGCGGGUCUUCCAUCAUUUCUCUGUUCUGUGCUGAGCAUGCGAAAGUUGUUGUCGGAAUUGACAACGCCCAUAGGAUAUUAGCAAAAGCAAAAAAAAUAACGGAAAUAAAUGGAGCCAAUAAUAUUUACCUAUUUGAAGGAAAAUUAGAACAAAAUAAUAUUUAUAUUGAUGAGAAGGAAGAAAUACACUACAUUAACAACAAAGAAGACUUAGAAAAAUAUAAAAAAAUUUACAAUAUACAAAAGCUGCAAAUUCUAAAAUUUGAUAUUAUUAUUUCCGAAUGGAUGGGAUAUUUUUUAUUUUACGAAUGUAUGAUAGACACCAUUUUGUAUGCCAGAGAUAUGUACCUAAAGGAAAAUGGCUUGUUGCUACCAAAUAAGGUUUAUCUAUACCUAGCGGGUUAUAAUGACACAGAAUAUAUAAAUGAAAAUUUUUUAAUUUGGGAUAGCCCACUGUAUGGAAAAGACCUCUCUGAGUUAAAACCCAACUCGAAGCAUUUUAUGGAAAAUGCAAAAGUUAUUAAUCUAGAUAAAAAUAAAGUGUCUACUGAAGUGGUUAAUUAUGCCGUAAUAGAUAUGUACACAUAUGGCAAAAAUGAAAAUGUGUAUAUUUCUUCUGAUUUCAAAAUUGUAGUUAAUAAUGGAAAACUCGUGACCAGUUUGUGUUUUUAUUUCGAUUGCCACUUCGAACCGCAUAGACUUGGUCCUGGUGAAUCAACUGACAGUGCGCAGAAUCUUCCCCCCACUGGGGAAAAAUACACAAAUACCAUUUUGACGACGAGCAUGUUCAAGGAAGAAACGCACUGGAAACAGACCCUACUGCAUCUGCACUGUCCAAAUUUUGACAUCGCUAGUAUAUCUGCUCCCGCGGAAGGGGAACACCCAAAUGAACUGUCCGGCAAGAUAUUCAUAUCGCCGGCCGGUGAACACUCUAGAAAUGUGACCGUUCUUUUGCAGAUAAGAAAAAAUGAGUCCAUGAAUGUGAGCGAGGACUGGACGUGCUGGUACUCCCUCGAUUGA